CCUGCUUCAUAUCCGCACGAUCCAUUGGUAUCGCGAUGUCAAGAUCUUCAAUCCGAUCUAUCUCGGGAUGGGCUUCCUAAAUUCCAACCUUGAAUCGAGGAUCACUCUUACGACGACUAUGAGAUAACAGGAAAGUCGAUACUAAAUGGGACACGGGCUGGUGAAGAUUGCUGCUGCUGCAUGCACAACUUCAACGAAAGCCCAGAACAAAGCACUACUGUGUACGCGUUCUUCGGUUCCGAUGUCGCGGACAAGCGCAGGCCCAUGCCUCGGCCUCGGCAAGACCAGGGUCAGAAGAAUUUUCGGCUUUCUAUUUGCUAACUGGUUGCCUAUGCUUCCAGCUGCUGCUCUCACCAGAUCAUCUCUUGCUAACCUCAUAUGGAGUCGAUGCCUAAGAUCAUGCCUUCCAACAGGCUGGACGGGGCAACUAAGGGACGGAAUGAAAACCUCGCCGUCAAACAUGGCCUGUCGCCCUUGUCUCUUUUAUCCACUCAUCUUUCUCGCUUACUACUGGCCAACGACGUCCAGUGCCCGCCUUUCUAUUUUCUUCAUCUCAAUUGUCAGCUUUCAGAGAGCUUUAGUGUGCACUCAAAAGUGAAAGGGAACUUCUUCCUCUCUUGGGUUAAUAAGCCCUAUCUAUAUCUGAAUUCCUGGUCGGUGAGACCUAUACAUCAGAUUUCCUGACCAGUAUCCCGGUCUUCAAGAAGCCUGCAUCAGCCUUUCCACGCCGCAUGACAGCGCUCUUCUCCAAUUGCACUUGGGAUUCUUUUUCCAGCUCAAUAUAUCUGGCACGCGACACCAUUCAACGCCUUGAUUGCGCCUCGCGAAA